AUGGCGCAUACACGCAGCCUCGGCACCAACACCACCUCCCCAUUUCCUUCCUUUCUUCUACAACCACCCUUCUCCACUCUCUUCUCAUCAUCGCUCUUGUUCCAGAAGCAUCAGCAGAAUCUGACUGCCUCACCCCUCUCUGCCCAGCCAUCCCGCUCGCCUCUCCUUCCCGACCUGCCUUCUCUCAUCACCACCAUAGCAUGCAUCUCCAUCUCUCUCAUACUCCUCUUCCACCGCCGCAGCCGCCGCAUCCGCGCCUCCUACCCCCCUGGCCCUGCGCCCUGGCCAAUCCUCGGCAACAUCCCCUCCCUCGGAACCCUCCCGCACCGCUCCCUCGCGAAUCUAACCGACAGGUUCGGCCCGAUCUUCACCGUCUGGUUCGGCCCGACCCCGUGCGUGGUCAUCUCCUCCCCGGACCUCGCGCGCGCGGCGCUGAAAGCGCAAGACAGGCUGUUCAGCGGUCGCCCGCUCGUCACGUCCACGCGCGUGCUCACCCUGGGCGGCAAGGACAUAGCGUUUGCGCCGCCAGACCAGGCGUGGAAGAAGCGGCGCCGCCUCGCAUUCCUGCACCUGCUGUCCGCCCGCCAGCUGGCGGCGAGCGCGGCGCAGAGAGAGGAGGAGGUUCAAGCCGUGGUGGAUGCAAUUGCAGGGGAGGUGCGGCGCUGCCAGCACCCUGCUGCUAUGAGCGGAGGAGGAGGUGAAGGGGGGUGUGUGGUGAACAUGAGGAGCUACUUGGGUCGAGCCACGUUCAACAACAUUCUGAACCUCACCGUGGGUAAGCGGUACCCCUACAGCUUCAGCAGCGGCGGCGGCGGCGGCGGCGGCGGUGGCAGCGGUCGAGAGCAUGGCACAGACUACACUGGUAAACCUGGCUCUGCUGCUGCUGCCAGUGUUAUCAGGUCUAGUGCUGGUGAGGCUAGUGCUGGUGCCACUGCUGGUAACAGCAUGUCCUCGCUGGAGCAGGAGGGAGAGAGGGUGGCAGCGAUGGUGGAUGAGGUGUUUCUUCUGGUGGGGGCGUUUAAUUUCAGCGACCACCUGCCGUGGCUGCGCUGGCUGGACCCCCAGGGCAUUGACGCGCGGCUGAGGCGGGUGCAGCCGGUCGUGCAUGGGUUCGCCCGGGCAUGCAUCAGGGAGAGGGCGGAGGCGCUGAAACGGAUGGCGAAGCAUGGGCAGGAAUGCACUGGAGAAGCGGCAGGUGUGGCGGGUGGGGCUGGUGGGCUGGUGGAAGGCGUGGAGAGGCACAAAGUGGAUGGCUGUGGUGUUCAGCAGCAGCAGCAACGGAUGGAAGGGGAUGUGCAGCAACAGCAGCAGCGACCAGCGUCAGGUGGAGAUGAAGGGGUGCAAGCACAGGAAGGGCUGAAUGCGCAAGACGCUCCUGGUGGUGGGAAGGAGUCAUCACAGUCAGGGGGGCACCAGGAGCAAUCUGUCAAGGCGUGCAGUCACAAGGUGUUUGUGGACUUCCUUCUGGAGCGCCAACAAGCAUGCAGUGCAGGAGGAGUGGGAGGAGGCGGAGGAGCUGGAGCAGUAGGAGGGGGCGUGGGUGCAGGGGGAGGGGAGGACUCACUGGAAGAGGAGGAGAUGGUGAUGCUGGUGAUGGAUAUGAUCCUAGCUGGCACUGACACCACAGCCAAAACCGUGGAGUGGGCUCUGGCUGAGCUUGUCAACCAUCCCUAUGCACUGAAGCGCCUGCAGGACGAGGUUGAUGCUGCUUACAGUGCAGCAGCUGCUGCUCCUGUGGCUGCGGAAAGCGAUGUAGAUAGUAACAACCAGCCCAAGCAGCCCAACCUGUCCAGUUUGCCGUUCCUCCAGGCGGUGAUCAAGGAGACCCUGCGGCACCACCCCGUGGCGCCGCUGCUGGUGCCACACAAGACCACAGAGAGCACUGUGCUGGGCGGGCACAGCAUCCCUGCAGGUACCAUGGUGCUGGUGAACUCAUGGGCCAUCUGCCAUGACUCCAGGUACUGGGACCGUCCCCAAGAGUUUGACCCCUGGCGCUUCAUGCCGACGAGGUCGGUACCAGUACCACCAUCUGGAGCCUCUUCACCCAACCCCAUGGCACCACGACCACAGCCCACAGCAGAGCAGGAAACAGCAGCACAUGAAACAGUAGUGCGCGAAACGGCAAUGCAGGCAACUGCAGCCACUGCUCCACCCUCUAGCACUACCCUCACGCCGGCUUCGUGGGAUCCCGCCAGCGCGUUCCUCAUGCUGCCCUUUGGCGGUGGGCGGCGGGGCUGUGCAGGCAUGGCUCUGGGCGUGGACAUGGCUGCUCGCAUGCUCGCUGCCCUCCUGCUCCGCUUCCAUAUGGCUGUGGCACCCGACAGUGGUACCACUACGGAUGCAGCUGGAGCCAUGGAGGGACGAGGAGGAGGGUGUGUGGAGUUGGGGGAGGUGCUUGGACUCACUAUGGCCAUGGAAAAGCCGCUCAGGCUGCUGCUGUGGGAGAGAGAGGCCUAUCGGCAGGUGUGA